AUGGCGCCGCGUCUCUGGAUUAUGACGACCUUAUCCAGCGCGAACAUCAACCCGUUACAUCGACAACGGGUGAAAGGUCGUGAAAUCAUCGUUACAGAAGAACCUCGAUUACAUCUGGUCUGGAUACACGACCGCAUAUUCAUUAAACCUCUUCCAAGAUAUCUACUUUCGCUAGCCUUCUGGGAAACAUGUCUGAGCGAGAAUCCAGGCCAGCUAGGCGACAGUCAAAGCAAUAUCCGCAAAGCUGCGAUAGGAUUCCUGCGGACGUACCGAUACCUAGUCCAACACGAAUCCGAUUUCAACAUUGCCCAGCAAGAGAACCUCCGCCUCAUCUCUAAAGAUGUAGAUUGGGCAUCAUUCUGUCGAUUUGCUGCAGAAGUCGGCCACAUUGAAGACUCGGAGGUAUCAGGGAGAUACUGCUAUGGCGAGCUAAGGUUGACGCGACUCAACUUUUAUGCUCCUCUGUUCCUUCGCAAGUUUCACUUCGAACAGGUCCAUGGACAAUACGGAGAUUUUUUUGGGCGGCUGUAUGGACCUUUACUCUUUAUCUUCGCCGUGGUAUCCGUCAUUUUAAAUGCCAUGCAAGUUGAGCUCGCAGCUGAGCAGCUAUCAGCUGUACAUUGGGUCUCGCUUUGGUCCGUGUGCCGCUGGUUCAGCAUGCUAAGCCUACUGGGAGCAGCAGUCAUCUCUGCUUGGUUUAUACUUCUUUGGUUGUGGAUUUUCUUGGAUGAGUGGAUAUACACGGCAAGACGCAAAGUAGAGAAAAGGCGGGAAAAUCAUGACGAACCAAAGUGCUGA